AUGACACCAGUCAAAGUCACUGAGUGCCGGUUCGAAAAGCGUUUCACUCACAAUUCAGCGUCAAAAAUUUUCAACUGCGAAGUGCAAGGUAUGUCGCCAGACUUGGUCAUGCUCCUGGCGCCUACGCGUGACACAAGCAGAGACGAUGAAUCUGUGCGCAUUCAGGAGCUAUCACUGGCUAGUGAAGGUGAAAAAGGCACAUUGUGCUCGCCUGGGCACAAGCAACAUUCAGUCUAUGGAACUGUGCAUUCCGACCAGACGACAGUGCACGCAGAACUUCCGAUCGACAAGAAGCGUAAGCAUCGAUCAGUCACCGAGACUAUGCUUCUUGGUCUAAAUGCAACAUGUGAAGAAUUUGUUCUGGAUGAAAGACGUGGCAAUAAGCGCGCACUACGGACGAUAAUGCCAGGAGGUCAAGUUGAAGGCGAAGUUGUGAUGGAAGGAAUGUUACUUGUGGUCGAGCAGAAAAGACUGGGGCAGGAAACAUCGGUAUCUAUCACGCUUGGAGCGAUGUAUUGCCUUCUGACAAGGAAGCUUGGUGGGCUAUUGCUUGAAAUUCUAUCGAAGGACAACAACCAGACUAUCGAAUUAAACAUUGAUGCAAUGGAUUUAGUGCUUCAGCCUUGCCUAAACGACUGCAAGUUCCAACUGCGAUAUCAUCCGAGUGUAUCUGGCAAGGAUGUAAAAGUGAUGUCCUACACUUUUAUGGCCCCAACUAAGGGCGAAUACGUCAAAUGGGUGAAUCGAAUUCAUCGAUUUCAAGCAUCUUCGAGCAAUAAUCGAAAUAAUUUGGUCGAUACGAGCAAUAACUCGACCCUGUUUGAUUCUAAAAGGAUACAUCGACUCGCUCAAGGUCAGCAAACGCAACUCAAAGAGCAAGACAUGCACCAGCACAUUCAUUCAUCUCUUGGCGAAUUUAUGCUUGCCAUGCCCCCAAAAACCAAGCACAUGAUUCUCGUACGUCAUGGCCACUACAUAAAUGCUUAUAAACCGCACGUGUCUGACUCAGAGCAAGUACUAUCGCAAUUGGGGAGGCGACAGGCUGAGUUCACUGGAAAAUGCUUACGUAUGGCACACAAUCGCAUUCCGAAGCGACACAAUAUGAUUGUCCUCUACCACAGUGAUCUGACUCGUGCUGUAGAAGCAGGCGCUAUCAUUGCUAGUCAUUUGAGCGACGUGAUGGUUUAUUCCAGCUCGAUGUUGCGCGAAGGGUGGCCAGGAAAACCAUAUUUUUCCUUGACACCCACAUCUAGCAGCACUAUUGACGACGAGCGAAAUAAAUUGGACACUGCGCGAAUGCAAGAAGCAUUCGACACAUUUUUCUUGAGUCCAGUUGAAGCUCAAGAUGAGGAUGACGAUGAGUCGUACUGCAUUCUUGUGUGUCAUGCCAACCUCAUUCGGUUCUUCUUGUGUCGUGCGCUGGGGAUUGAAGCUACGAACACUUGGGGUCACUUUGAAAUUAAUCACUGCAGCAUCACUCGUAUUGAUAUAAGUGCUCAUCGUCCAAUUAAAGUCAUUUCAGUCAAUGAAACUGGACAUUUGCCUCAAUCUCUCCUCACAUCCAGUGAAGAUCAUUUGUAA